AUGCCAGUCAAGAACCUUCUUUCACAUUCAGCGUUUCUACUCCCUCCAAGAAGAGUAUCAACACUGAAGCAGCAGCAACAGCCGGGAAAGACAAACAUGAGUGUGAAGGGCAUGGUUAUAGCCUUGACUGUGAUAGUCUGUGCUACAGUUGUUGAAGGUUUCCCCAUGUUCAAGGGGGGACGCUGUCUUUGCAUAGGCCCUGGAGUAAAAGCAGUGAAAGUGGCAGAUAUUGAGAAAGCAACCAUAAUUUACCCGAGUAACAGCUGUGACAAAAUAGAAGUGAUUAUCAACCUUAAAGCACAUAAAGGACAAAGAUGCCUAAAUCUCAAAUCGAAGCAAGCAAGCAUUAUCAUCAAGAAAAUUCAAAGAAUGAAUUUUUUAAAACAUCAAAAUGUAUGAAGUCCUGGGGAAAGAGGAUUUUAAAACCUAGAACAAGUUUAACUGUGACAACUAAAGUGAUAAGAAUUCCACAGUAAGAAACGGAUUUUCUUCCUGCCCGUUGUAAAGUACAUUCAUUCACUUCUAUCUCAGCAAACCCCAGAAAUCUGUUAGAACUAUUCUUUUAUGUCCAAGACAAUAUUUCUGUAUCUAGAAGUUAUGUGUUUGUACUGGAUCUAUCCUGCCAUAUUACAACCUUCACUUACAAUGGCGAUAUUGACAUU